CGGCCGAGCUCACCGGGCCGCCCCCGCCGGCCGAGCUCCGCGGACCGCCCCCGCCGGCCGAGCUCAGCGGGCCGCCCCCGCCGGCCGAGCUCCGCGGGCGGACGCGAGGCCCGGCGUCCGGAGGAGAUGCCGCUGACCUUCCAGGAUGUGGCUGUGUACUUCUCCCCGGCCGAGAGGCAGCGGCUGGGGCCCCAGCAGCGGGCGCUGUACAGAGACGUGAUGCUGGAGAACUACGGGAACGUGGCCUCCCUGGGAUUCCCUGUGCCUAAGCCGGAGCUGAUCUCCCAGCUGGAGCAAGGGGAGGAGCUGUGGGUCCUGGACCUUGUGGGUGCUGAGGAUCCAGAGUUCUUGAGCUGCUGGACAGAUGCCCAUGAGUGGAAUUGCUGGGUCUCACAGUGGCUGUCCUUACGUUCCCACCAGCUUCUCCGCAUCUCCACCAGCACGGUUCUCUUUUGUGGGGCAGUAUCUCCUUGUGGGUUGGCUUCCCUGAUUCUGAGGUUGGGACUAAGAAGGAACUGUCAGUGCUAAACCAGCAAUGCUCUGAAGAAGUAGAAAACCCAGAAUUUAUAUCAAGAAGAUUCUCAAGGGCUAAUUCAUGCACCAGUGAGUUUCGGGAAGCUUGGGG